AUGGCCGAAGCGUCUACCUUUUACCGUGCAGUGUACUCAGAGAUAGAGGAGGUUGGAUGGGAGCAUCUGGUGAGGUUCGGUGGAGAUCUAACAUCUCUCAGCUUUCGGAUCUUAGAUGGCAAGGGGAGAAUGCAUAUUAUUGAGAUUCAAUUGGAUAAAACCCAUCCUAAAUGCCCUCCUUCAAUGUCAGCAGAUGUACCAUAUAUGUUUGAUUUAAAAUGGUCAACACACUCAAGAUUGAAAGAUGUGGUGCAGCAGUUUAAAAAGCAUCUGGAGAAGCUUCAGGCAUUUUGGUCUACUUUGGAUGAUAUUGACAGGUCCCUUUGGGUUGUUGAUCCUAAACAAGCAUCUCCUGCCGUAUCCUAUCGCCAGAUCAAUAUGGGAAAUGAUUGUUUCAUCAUGUUGUCUAUUAAUGCCUUUGAUCCUAGAUCUUUACCAGAAUGUCGUUUUAUUGGUUCAGGUCCAAUUGUGAACUUGUUGAGAAAUAGAUGGCGAAGAAAUAGCAAAAGAUGGAUAAAAGACAAACAAUUUCUAGAAAAUCUUAAAUGUCUUUUGGAGACUCAACUGCCAAUUCCCCCUGAUGUCCAGAAGAAUGAGCAGCAAGUUGAAUGCGGAAUUUGUUAUGCUCAGAGUCUUCCAAUUGAUGAAGAGCUCAGACAUAAGAGUGGAACUGGGACUGACUAUACAUGCGACAAUACCAGUUGCGAAAGGGCUUUCCAUAGCAUAUGUCUUGUGGACUGGUUGCGUUCUAUCACCACAACAAGGCAGUCAUUUGAUGUUCUAUUUGGAAGUUGUCCAUACUGUUCAGAACCAGUUGCGGUGAAAAUCGACAGCAUGAAGAAGUAA